ACCGUGGCGCUACCUAUUUAAAAGCGUCCUUCUGUUGUUGUUAUAGCGACUAAACAUUUGUUGUUGUUUUGUGUUUAGUUUAUUGUAAAACUGGUGAUGCCACUACAUUAAAAUGAGGUGCUGUUCUAUGACUAAAGGCACAGAUGAGAAUGGAUAGUAGUUUCUGAAGCACCGUCCACAAAUCAAAGUAUUUACACAUGGGUUGAUAAGUUCUACCAUACAUGAUUUAGACAUAUCAGACCAAGGCUUCUAUCUAAAAAUAUGGAUAGUUAUGGCAACAAAAGUCUUCCAGAGAAGGAAUCUGUAUCCACAUUGGCUGAGAAUGACUCUGAUGAGGAAAUAGUAAUCCCUAUUGCCCCACAUGUCAGCCAGGGAUCAUUCAAUCUGCUGAAGCUAGUCAGGGAACAGAUCAAGAAUGAGGAGAAAAUCGAAAUGCGAAGCUGUGAGGAUGUAUUAAGGAACAAAGCACGUUUGCUAGAGCAACUAGAGGAGGAAGAGCAUCAGGCCAAGCAGUCACUGUCCCUUGACAACAUCCCAGCCGCGACAGCAAGGUCGUCUCAGCUGUUCAACGUGGGGCGGUCAGCAGAUAGGGUCCUGGCAGCCCCGUCUGUGCAUGGUCAGAUGAGCCGGGCCUCAAAGACCCGGCUGCGGGGAACUCCGGACCUCUACUCAUCUGGCUUUGAGGAUGACAGCAGUGACCCUGGUGGCCUGCUUCCACGCAAGUCCAACUCGCUGGAGGUGGUUCCUGGGCAGACGACGGCCGAGAUGGAGAGUCUGUUGAAGAAUCUACACGUGCACCAUGCCACAGUGAACACGCCGGGUGGCGAGUCUACUGCUAGAACAUCACCACCACUAAACCGUGACGAUGAAGUCGCCCAGCUGAAGGAAUCAUUACAAAACAUGGUUUCCGUGCUGAGUGACAGUGAGCGCCGCCUAGCGGAGGAACAGAACAUUAAGGAGAAGGUCAUGGCUGAGGUCAAACGACUUAGCCAGCAGAAUGCUAUGCUAAGAGAGCAGGCACGUGCCAGCAGUGGUUCCGACAGUGGUGCCCCAGCAUUCAAUUCGAAGCCAACACAGGUGCUGGGCAUGGAGGCGAGGUUGACAAGGGCAGUGCAGGAGCUAGAGCAAGAGAGGAGCCAAACAGCUGAGGUCAUUACUGAACUAGAGACGAAGUACGCUCAUCAGCUGUCAAAGCUACAGGUAGCAGAGAAGGAUGCUCUUCGGCGACUUAUUAGAGAGACAGAGCGUAACAAGGCACAGGAAGACUGCAUUGCCGCACUUCGUGAUCACAUCCACAAGAUGCUCGCUGACGUCGCCACGACAACGACCACCGACCGGAGGCAGCGACAACGCUGGAUAGAUACAGUCCGACCCGGCACAAAGGGUUCACAGGAGAUUCAGCAGAUCCUGCGUGCGGUGCAGCAGGAGGAAGGUGUUCAUCCGUCGCAACCCGAGGAGGUCGUGCGCUGUCUGUGGUACCGGCGCAAGGAGGUAGCCGCUCAGCUCUCCUUGCUGCAGCACUACCUUGCAGAGAUCGGCCUCAACACCAGCAAGCUACCAGACGAGCUGAAGAGGUUGCUGAGUGAGAAGAUGGAUAUGGAGCAGCAGAUAAAGAACCAGGCUUGGGAGAUACACAACCGCAUCCGUGACCGGCAGGUCAUGGAGAACACGCUCAAGGAGAGACUCGCCUCGUUAACGAGUAAGAAGAAUAAGCUGGAGGCACAUGUGAAGACCGUGGCGGGCCAGGCUGCGCAACUGGAUGCUGAGAACAAGGCGCUGAAGCUGAAUGCCACGUCAGCAUCCAGCAAGGCUGACGGUGGCGCUAGCAGCCUGCGGGCAGAGAUAGAGACCAUGCAGGAGCGUCUGCUAGUGGAGGUGUGCAAGCGGCAGCAGCUUGAGGCAGAGCUUCAACUCAUCACCAACAAACCUCAGGAUAACAACUUAAGCCACAUUGCCAAUUGCACGGGGACAGUCGAUGAUGCUGGGACUGCAAAACGUCUGCUACAUGAGAGAGAAGUAGAGCUGAAGUCUCUGCAGGAUGUUGUUAGGAGACAGAAGCUUGACAUUGAAUCACUGAACACACAGCUCAGCUCAGCUCAACUACAGAAGUCACCACUAGGUGGCAGCAGGGAGCCAAAUGAAGCAGAUGCAUUAGUAAAGCUGAAAGACCUAAAGAAAAAGCUGCAGUUUAUAGAGUCUCAGCUCCAUGCUAAAGAUAAACAAUUGGUUGCUAUGGAAACUGAGCUGCGUCUAGUCAAUCGCAGUGUUCUGUCUCAGGAGGCAGAUAAGGCAGAAUUGAAGGCCCAAUUAAACAAUACGAGCAAAGAUGUACAAUUACUCAGAGAUGCAAACAUCACACUGGAGAGAAGGUUUACUGCAGAGUACGAUACAUUCCAGAAGGAGAAGACUGAGAGUGGUAGCUGAAGGAAGGAUAUGAGAGUGCAUCUAAGCAGCUAGAGAGAAGGCAAAACGGAG